GUCAAGACAUUUUGUGCACAUCAUGUCAUUUAAUAAUGUCAUCGGCCGUAUUUCCCUUGCCAACUCCAACUCACAGGAGUCUAACAUACUUGAUGAGUUUUCGGAUGCUUGGAAGCCAAGGGGACCCCUAGAUGGAGCUGCAGGUCUGAACGUGGUGAGCUUUGACAUGUGUGUGGAGGACAACAGAAAAAAACAUUACACAGACAAGUACAAGAAUUCCAGUCUCAUUGUGCGCAGGAAUAAAGAGUUCAACAUCAUCAUCAAUCUAAACCGGGACUUCAAUGCAGAGCAGGAUAUGGUGCAGCUGGAGUUCAUGAUUGGCAGUUCACCUAAUGCAAAAAAGAGCACCUACAUCAAUGUGUCUAUUGGAAAAAUGAAACAAAACGGGCGAUGGAAGUGUCGUGUGGUGGAAACAAAAGCCAAUGCAGUGACAGUGGGCAUAACACCUGACGCCAGCUGCAUCAUUGGCCGAUUCCGCAUCUUUAUAGCAGUAAUCACUGAUUUGGGAAAACAGCGCACUCCGAGGAACCCCAACACUGAUUUCUAUGUGCUGUUCAAUCCUUGGGACACUGAGGAUCAAGUGUACAUGGACAACGAGGAGGACAGACAGGAGUAUGUGAUGAAUGAUGUGGGGACCAUCUUCAAUGGAGAUUACAAAGACAUAACCUCCCGCUCAUGGAACUUUGGGCAGUUUGAAGAGGGGAUUCUGGAUGCCUGCCUAUUGAUAAUGGAUAAUGGGAAAGUACCACUAAUGUACCGUGGAAAUGUCAUUGAAGUAGUUCGGCAAGGAUCAGCUCUGUUGAACGCUCAAGACGAUAAAGGUGUCCUGGUUGGCAACUGGAGUGGUGACUACUCCGACGGUACAGCACCCACUGCCUGGACCGGAAGCCCUGAAAUCAUGCUCAAAUAUGUCAAUGAAGGUUAUGAGCCUGUGCGCUUUGCACAGUGCUGGGUGUUUUCCGGCGUGAUGAACACUUUUUCACGUUGUCUCGGGAUCCCUGCACGGGUCAUCACCACUUACCACUCUGCUGUUGACAACACAGGCAACUUGAAGACAGACAUUGUGGUAGACAAGGAUGGGAAUUGGGACCAAAGCCGAACAAAAGAUUCGAUCUGGAAUUUCCACAUCUGGAAUGAGGUGUACAUGAAGAGGCCUGAUCUGCUUGAAAAGUUCUCUGGCUGGCAAGCGAUCGACUGCACCCCUCAGGAGACCAGUGAUGGUCUUUAUCGAUGUGGCCCAGCGUCUGUCAAUGCCAUCAAAGAGGGAGAGGUCAGCUAUCCAUUCGAUGCAAAGUUCGUCUUUGCAGAGAUAAACAGUGAUGUGAUAUACUAUAAGGCUGAUAUGUAUGGAAAUCUGAAGAUUAUCCGUGUAGACACUGUGUAUGUGGGAAAGCUCAUUUUGACUCAAAAGAAAGACAGCAGCGAUUAUGAGGACAUCACAACUAACUAUAAAUACCCAGAAGGAAGUCUCAAGGAGAGAGAAAUCAUGCAGUUUGCAGAGCAACAUGGUGCCCCUUCCAGGGAUUACUUGACGCCCCCAGAAUCAGGUGUGGACAUUGAGCUCCAGGCUGACGCCAUCAAAAUUGGUGAAAACCUCCAGCUGACUCUGAACAUUAAAAACCAGACCAAACAAACCUGUACCCUCAGCGCCGUCAUCACUGGCUGUGUAGUGUAUUACACGGGCAUCAGUAGCAAAACUUUUAUGUCUGAGGAAAAAUCUGCAACCGUGGAAGCCUCGACAACUGAGUCCCUGACAAUAGAUGUCACAGCUUCGGAGUACAUGCCCUACCUUGUGGAUAAGUCCAACCUGCUCUUCGUGGUGUAUGGGCAAGUUGAGGAAAGUGACACUUCCCUUUCCACGAUGAGAGUUGUCAGUCUUCUUCCUCCUGAACUUACAAUGAAGAUGACUGGAUCUCCCCAGAUUGGCAAGGAACUCGUGGUCAGUGUGGAAUUCCUGAAUCCCUAUAAUUUCACCAUGAAAGAUGUUCAGCUUCGUGUUGAUGGACCUGGUCUGAUACCGACCAAAUUGAAGAAAUACAGCCAGAUAUUACCUGGUGCUUCGGUGAUGUAUAGACUGUUGCUGAUCCCUCAGUCUCUGGGGAAGAAGGUGCUCAUGGCCUGUCUAGACUGUCCUCAACUGAGACAGGUCACCAAUAAGCUGGAAUUUGAAGUAGUGCAAGACCCAAAUACUGAAUAAAGAGUGACACUGUGAACAAGAUAGAGAAAAGACAGGGAAAGAGGAAUGGAAGAGAAAACAGUGUUGCA